UAACCUAUAAUGUGCUGAUAAUAAGUAGCUACUAGAAGUAUGGUGGUUCUCUUUGAUUAGAGUUAAAACACCUAUUGAAAUACAAAAUGUAAUAAAAAAUCCCAUCAAUGUAUUGACUUUUAUAACUGAGAUUAGUAAAAUAAUCUAGAAAUCAUUAUUCCACAUUCUAAAUAACAGAUAAGAAAGUUAUCAGCGAGGGGCUGCUUACACUGAUUUGUUAUUAGAAAUAGUGAGUUUGCAGCAAUACACAGAGCAUUUAUUUUAGAACUAAUGACAUAGAGCUAAGCGAACAUAAAGUUUAAAAUAUAUUUCUUCUAUUUUUGUUGCUUGUUUUAAUAUUCAAAUUUGAACUGCAGUAUCCACAGUUUUUAAUUGAAAUUGUCAGUCGUGCGCUAGACCACUAGCCCAGAAUAGACGUGCUCGAAUAUUAAGUGUCCUGCGCAGGAGGGUGGCGAAGCGGUGAAGGAGAACGUAAUGCGCGGGGCGCCGCUGCACGUGUGGUGGCUGGUGCUGGGCGCGCUGGCCACCUGCGCCGCGCUGCUGGGCGUGUCCCGCAUCGACGCCGCGCUGCCCGCGCCGCUGACGCGCGCCGCGCCCGCGCACCGCUUCAUCGCCGACAUCGCGCACGAGCACCUCGUCAACCUCACGUCCAUCGGGCCCAGGGUGGCGGGCAGCUACGAAAACGAGGUGUUGGCAGUGAACGUUCUGAUGCGCGCGCUGCAGGAGAUGCAGCAGCAGGUUUCGCCGCACAACCGCAUCGAGAUCGAUCUGCACACGGCCAGUGGCGGCUUCGCGCUGUCCUUCUUCGACGGGAUGAACAACGCGUACCGCGACGUGCAGUCGGUGGUGGCGCGCGUGUCGGCGAAGGGCGUGGACCCCUCGCGGCCUUCCGGGCGGCCGCGCCGCGCCCUGCUGCUCAAUUGCCACUUCGACACCGUGCCCGACAGCCCCGGCGCGAGUGACGACGGCGCGGGGUGUGCGGUGGUGCUGGAGACGCUGCGCGCGCUGUCCGCUGCGCGUGCGCCGCUCAGACACGACGUCGUCGCGCUGCUCAAUGGCGCCGAGGAAAACAUCAUGCAGGCCAGCCACGCCUUCAUCACGCAGCACAAGUGGGCGCGCAGCGUGCGCACGUUCAUCAACAUCGAGGCGUGCGGCGCCGGCGGCCGCGAGGUGCUGUUCCAGGCGGGGCCGCACGACCCCUGGAUCAUGGAGGUGUACGCGCGCGCGGUGCCGCACCCGUUCGCGUCGUCGCUGGCGCAGGAGCUGUUCGAGAGCGGGCUCAUCCCCGCCGACACGGACUUCCGCAUCUUCCGCGACUUCGGCAACCUCUCCGGUACGCUGGCGCUCGGCGAAAUGUUCGUCUUCGUUGCCGACAGCUGACCUCAGUCUACUAUUUUUGCUUUGCUCGCUAAUCGAUUAUCUCGCGUAAAACUUCGUAAAUACAUUUUCAAUUGUCUAUUUAUCGUAAUAAUUUUUAGUUACAUUCUUUUUUGAAGAACUAAGUAAAUGAGUCGAAUAAUUCGCCGUCGUCAAGACACGUACGUAACUCGCAAUAAUAGGUAUUGACGGUAUUGAACUUUCAACCUUACGCCGACAGGGUAAAGUCGAAAGAACAAAAACGUAACGAGAAUGGAC